UCCGCACGAGCGCCUCGGCGGCCUCCACGUCCGCGCCCACCUCGUUCGCCAGCCGCGCGGCGAGCUCGGCGACGUCGCCAAGCCCGCGCCCACCUCGUUCGAGAGCGCGCGCGGCUUCCGCGUGCCGCGGGUGCUUCAACGCCUCGGCGAGCGCCGCGGCCCCCUCCCGCGUCGCGUCCGGCUGCGCCCGCGCGAGGUCCAGCGCGUCCGCCACGAAGGCUCCCGGCGGCAGGACCGCCCCGUCGUCGCCGGCGGCCUUGCAGAGCGCCCGUACCACCGCGCCCGCCGACGGGAUCGCGUCGGCGCAAAUGGCGUCGACGAGCGAGCACUCCCUGCUUCGCCGCGUCGCGGCCAGGCCGACGCACAGGUCGUCGAGCCAGGCCGCUCGAUGGCGCCGCGCCGCGCUCAACAAUUUCCGGCGCUCGUCGGGAGCUAGCGGCGGCGGCGCCGGCGGCGCCAGCAGGUCUGCCAUACUUAUCUUUCGAAAGGAGAUCGCCAGUGAUUUAUCUUGAGCUUUGUCUUACAGCCAUAGACCAUGGGGCAUAUGCUAUACACGGGAGGGAGCAGAAGCACCGGAGGAACCAGGCUACUUUUACCCCGCAGAUGUAUGUCUCCUUUUGGUGUUUUAGAGGCGGAUGCCAGUGCGACCCAGCGGGUGCACCGCCACCAGCACCGCCCCGGGGGCAGAGGCAUGCCCCCAUGACGGCCUCGCAUGCCAAGUUUCAGCAGCAACGGUGCUCGGGAAGGGCAGCCACGGUCGGCGGUUCCAUUCGACGAUCGACGCCCCGCGGCCCCCUCUCGUUGGAUUUGUAACUGAGCGCGACACAGGGGCUCAGGACCGCAUUUGCGUGAACUUUGCUAUGAGAAAGUUACAAAUCCACCGCGUAGAUUUUCAUCCAUUCGUUCCCGAACACGGUCGCGAACGGGGGCACUAUGGCUCAUUUCCCGGCGGUUUUCGCUGGAACCAAAGGCGGACGCUGGUCGGUAGGGUAUGAGAGGCUCCCUCGCGGCUCGACGACGCUCAACGGCUGCGUCAAGGCCAUAUGCACACCGUCGCCGCGAUAUAGUACUUUUUUUAAGUUUUUUUUUUUUACCCGUCUCGGGGCUCUAAAGCGGGAGGAUGGAGCUCUGAAAGGGAGCUCUCGCGUCGGCGUCGCAUCGUCUAAAAUUGCUAACGUUUUCCGUCGUUCUCGGUCAAUUUUGCGCCUGCGCGCAAAAGGAAAGCUGCCGACGGCCGCUUGGGUGCCCGUACGCCC